AUGGGCGAUGGAGGUGUUGCAUGCGUGCCUUCACAACACGUUAUGGAGAAGUUCCCAAUCUGUGGGGGGAAUGGAAAUGGCGACGCGAAGGUCAAUUCGUCUUCCAAGCCUUCAGGCAAGCCGGGAAUAGCAAAAUCCAAGAUGAAGCUGAAAAAGGUCAAAGGAGGAGGCAUUACGGGGAAGAAGGAAUCCAACAGUGUAAAUAACGGCAGUGUAGAUAAAGAUGUUGCUGACAAGAAUUGUGGCGGCGAUGUUGCCAUUGAUAGUACUAAGGAGGAGGUGGAGGAGGGUGAACUGGGUACUCUUCCAAUCGAGUUUAUUCCAGAAAAGCCCACGAGAAGGUACAAGGUAAAGAGUGAGGUAGGGAAGGGCGAAUUUGGCACACCUGGAAAGUGGCGGAAAAAUGGCGACGAGGUUGAGAAAAAUGACUGCGGCUCAUCAAAGGAUGAUUUGGAGAAAGGCGAGUAUGUCCCGGACAGGUGGUUCACAAAGAGGACUGCUGAUGAAUACGGCCACCCCAAGUCAAGGCGUUACGAUAAUACGAAGGAAAAAGGAUGGAGAAGCAACCGCGAUUGGACUUCACCUCCUGUGAAAGGAAGGGGAAGGAAAUUCAACCGUGGCUCUGACUGGGCACCAUCAUCCGAUAGAGGAAAGAGCUGGAAAGCUGAGCGGGACCGGUCUCCACCCUCAUCAGGUAAGUAUUCUGGCGAGGACUUUGGCAGAGGUCAGCAUCUGAGGAAGUCUUCUUCCAGAUACGAAGCUGACAAGGCUGAGAAUGCCAAUUGUAGAAUGGUGGUUGGGGAAGAGAGCUCUCUGAAGAAUCACGACUCUACCAGCAGCAGGGGCCGCUCUAAGGAUUACCCCUUUGUUAACCGUUUAAAACGGCACAAUAAUGAUCAAGAAACUGGUGGCAGAAAGUCGUUCCAUGCUGACCUCGACGACAUUCCCGGAUCAAAAAACCGGAAGCUUUCGAAUGAUGGCAGCCACCACAAUACUGGCCGGAAUAUGGAUAGGCCGUACAGAACUCCCUCUGAAAAGUACCCUUCCAGAUACGUGGAUUCAUCUAGGGCGCCUCAUGAUAGGCACAACAACAGCCCACACCAUCCAGAGCGGGUGUCCCCACAUGAGCGGGCCCGCAAAGACAGUAUCUUGGAAGACAGCCCGGCCCGGUCAUCUUACGACCAUGGGAAUCAGUAUGAUAGGAGUAGGUCCCCUUAUGACCGUAGCCGUAACAGGGUUCGAAGCCCAUCUGGUUAUCCCGAGCAGUCCCCCAGCAAUCAUGGGCGAAAUCGUGAAGACACUGAUCGAGGUAGGUAUAAAUCUGGAGUGGGUGAGAAGUGGGUAAGCCAUGGUGGAAGCAAAGGGAUUGAAGGAAAGUCGCAAAGUGUGAUUAAGUCGCAGUUUUCAGCUAAAGAAUCAUCAGAUGGGGGGACUAAUGUUGAUAAUGGAGAUGCCCCGAACAAUAUUAGCCACCAGUCUCACCAUGAUGAGCUCUCUCGAAGUCCCCAAUCUAAAAGUUUAGUAUCUUCUCAGGAAAACGGAGUUAUUGAGGCGCUAGAAUCCAUGGAAGAAGACAUGGACAUUUGUGACACUCCUCCACAUUCUCCUCAGGUGAAUGAUGCAGUUUCUGGGAAUUGGUAUUAUCUGGACCACUAUGGUGUCGAGCGUGGGCCCUCCAAGUUGUCCGAUCUGAAGGCCCUACUCAAGGAUGGAUAUCUGGCCUCGGAUCACUUGAUCAAGCACUCAAACGGCGACAGGUGGCAGACUGUUGAGAAAGCAGUUUCUCCAUUAGUUACUGUGAGCUUUCAGUCUGUUGUCCCGGACACGGUUACUGAGCUUGCAUGUCCUCCUGAGGCUCCUGGCAAUCUAUUGGCAGAUAAUGGGGACAAGGUAUCUGUUAAUAAUGAGGAAACACUAGUCCUUUCAGAGUCGACGGAGGAUAGUUUAGCUGCAAGGGGUUCUAUUGAAGAUUUCCGUAUUGACGACAGAACUGGAGCACUCUUAGAAGGUGUUACGUUGGUCCCUGGCAAGGAAAUUGAUAUGCUUGCUGAGGUGCUGAAAAUUACGUCAGAGCAUGGGGAAUGGGAGAAAUGGGGAAAAAUAGAAGGUUAUUUUGGGCACCACUAUACUCUGGAUGAGAAUUUUGAGGGUGGUGGUGAAAAGCAUUAUCCCAGUGGUUCUGAACUUAAAUUGGAAGUCAUCGCAGAUACAAGGCCCACAUUUCCCGGCUCCUCUGAGAAUGAUUAUGGCCCUGCUUGUACCAACACCGUUGGAUGCUUUUCGGGUCAAUGGGCAUGCAAGGGUGGUGAUUGGAAGAGGAACGAGGAAGCUACUCAAGAUAGAUAUUGGAAGAGAAAGCUCCUUCUCAAUGAUGGUUAUCCUCUGUGUUUGAUGCCCAAGUCUGGGUCUGAGGACCCACGCUUGGAGCUGAAAGAAGAACUGUAUUGUCACUCUCAGAUCAAAACUCUUGAGCUGCCUCCUUGGGCUUUUACCUCCCCGGACGAGCUGAAUGACCCCAGCAGUCUGAGCCGAGCAAACCAAAUGAAAGCUGCUCUUGCCAGGGGGACCAGAGGCAUGAUGCUUCCGGUUAUUAGGAUAAAUGCAUGCGUGGUGGGUGACCAUGGUUCUUUUGUGUCUGAAACCCGUGUAAAAGCUAGAACAAAGGAGAGGUUAUCUUCAAGGUCUUCGAGACCAUAUUCCACCACGAGUGAAACUAAGAGGUCGUCUGAAGAUAGUCACUCAAAGAGUGUUUAUGAACUGGGCUCGAGGGAUUCUAGCAAGAAGAGUAGUACAACCUUCAGCAUACCAAAGGAUUGCCUUUGCAGACGAGAUCAACUAAAAUUGUCUUUGGGUGAUUGGUACUUCCUAGAUGGUGCUGGGCAUGAACGAGGGCCUCUAUCAUUUUCAGAGCUGCAAGUGAUGGCCGAUCAAGGUGCCAUUCAGAAACACAGCAGUGUUUUCAGAAAACAGGAUAAAAUUUGGGUUCCAGUUUCUGUCCUCUCUGAGCCUUCUGGACCAUUAGAGCAUGAUAAUAGUGCGACUUGUAUUACUUCCAAGUCUGAAGCUGGUGAUGCUUUAUCGAGUGGGAGCCAGAGUGUAUCCAGUAGCUUCCAUGACAUGUAUCCACAAUUUAUUGGAUAUACUCGAGGGAAGCUUCAUGAAUUGGUAAUGAAAUCGUACAAAAGUCGGGAGUUUGCUGCCGCCAUCAAUGAAGUCCUUGACCCUUGGAUUAGUGUCAGGCAACCGAAGAAGGAGAUAGAAAAACAUAUAUACCAUUCAGAGCGCUUCCAUGCUAACAAGAGAGCUAGGAUACAUGGGUUUGAUGAGUAUGAGGUGGCAGAGGACGUAACAGAUUCUUUUGUAGAGUGCCAAUUUGAUGAUUUAUGUGGUGAUGUUACCUUCGGAGGAGUUGAGUUGGAUUCUGUAGUUGAAAGAGGAAGCUGGGAUAUACUUGAUGGCCAUGUUCUGGCUCGAGUGUUUCAUUUUCUUAAAGCUGAUGUCAAGUCACUUUUUUAUGCUGCCUUAACUUGCAAACACUGGCGAUCAGUGGUGACAUUUUAUAAAGAUAUAUCCAGACAGGUUGACUUCUGCACCAUUGCGCCCAGGUGUUCUGAUUCCGUCGUCUUGAAGAUAAUGAAUGAUUACAAGGGAGAAAGGAUUACCUCUUUAUUGUUUCGUGGAUGUACUGGCAUUACUUCUGCCAUGUUAGAGGGACUUCUUCAGUCAUUCCCUCGUACGUCCUCUGUAGAUAUUCGAGGUUGCAACCAGUUUGAAGAUUUGGUCGGCAAAUUUCCUAAUAUUAAUUGGGUCCGGAAUCCGGGUCCACCUUUGAAAUUUAGGAGCCUUAAUCACUUAGCUGAUGGGGGAACAUCCAUCUCUAAUCAGAUGGAAGACUCCAGUGGACUGAAGGAAUAUUUAGAAAGUUCAGACAAGAGAGAUUCUGCAAAUCAGUUAUUCCGCCGAAGCUUAUAUAAACGAUCUAAGCUCUUCGAUGCUCGGAAGUCGUCAUCUAUCCUAUCUCGGGAUGCUCAGUUGAGGCGUUUGUCUAUUAAGAAGACUGGAAUUGAAUACAAGAGAAUGGAGCGCUAUAUUGCUACAGUCAUACAGGAAAUCAUGAGCAAGAACACUUUUAAAUUUUUUGAGCCUAAGGUUGCUGAUAUUGAGGAAAGAAUGAAAAAUGGGUAUUAUGCUACUCGAGGCUUGAACUCUAUCAAAGAGGAUAUUAGUCGCAUGUGUCGGGAUGCAAUAAAAUCUAAAGGUCGGGCUGAUGCUAAGGACAUGAACCGCAUUAUUGACCUUUUUAUUCAGCUGGCUACAAGUUUGGAUAGAGGUUCAAAGUUGGGUUAUGCAAGAGAUGAGUUGUUGAAAUCUUUGAAAGAUGACUCCCCUCCAGGUUUUUCAUCUUCUUAUUCGAAGUCAAAGAAGAGCCUAAAUAGAGUUACCGAAAGGAAAUAUAGGUGCAAUGGCACUCUAUACUUGCAUGGACUUUCUGAUUCUGGUGACUGUGCUUCUGAUCGGGAAAUCAGGAAGCGAUUGUCCAAAUUAAAUAAAAAAUCUUUGGAUUCGGAAAGCGACACAUCUGAUGACUUCGGCAAGUCUUCUGAUGCAAGCUUUGCAGAGAGCAAAAGCACUGCUUCAGACACAGAGAGUGACUUGGAGUCCCCAUCACAAGGUGCCAUAGGAAAGUCCCCACGUGAAGCAUGCUUUAUAUCUGACGACCAGUUUGAUUCGUUGGCUGACGAUCGUGAGUGGGGUGCCCGCAUGACAAAGGCAAGCCUGGUCCCGCCUGUUACUAGAAAGUAUGAAGUGAUUGAUCAUUAUGUGAUAGUGGCAGACGAGGAGGAAGUGAGAAGAAAGAUGCAGGUCUCUUUACCUGAGGAUUAUGCCGAGAAGCUCAACGCACAAAGAAAUGGCAAUGAUGAGUCUGAUAUGGAGAUUCCUGAGGUGAAGGAUUACAAACCCAGGAAAUUCCUCGGGGAUGAGGUUCUUGAACAAGAAGUUUAUGGCAUAGAUCCAUACACUCAUAACCUUCUUCUUGAUUCUAUGCCAGAGGAAUCAGAUUGGUCGCUUGUUGAAAAGCAUUUGUUUAUUGAAGAGGUGCUUCUUCGCACUCUCAACAAGCAAGUCAGGAAGUUUACGGGUGCAGGAAACACUCCAAUGGUGUAUCCUUUGAAGUCUGUCUUUGAAGAAAUAUUGCAAACUGCAGAUGAAAACAAUGACCGAAGAACUAUGAGCAUGUGCUUAUCUAUAUUGAGGGCUAUUGAUAGUCGUCCGGAGGACAAAUAUGUAGCUUAUAGAAAGGGACUUGGAGUUGUUUGCAACAAAGAAGGCGGUUUCAGUGAGGAUGAUUUUGUUGUUGAGUUUCUGGGAGAGGUUUAUCCUACUUGGAAAUGGUUCGAAAAACAAGAUGGCAUCCGUGCUCUGCAAAAGAACAAUAAAGAUCCUGCACCAGAGUUCUACAACAUUUAUCUUGAAAGGCCCAAGGGUGAUGCUGAUGGGUAUGACCUUGUAGUAGUUGAUGCAAUGCACAAGGCAAACUAUGCAAGCCGGAUAUGUCACUCUUGUAGACCCAACUGUGAAGCGAAGGUUACUGCUGUUGAUGGUCAGUACCAAAUUGGGAUCUAUUCUGUUAGACCAAUUGCUUACGGUGAAGAGAUCACAUUUGACUACAAUUCUGUUACUGAGAGCAAGGAAGAGUAUGAAGCAUCUGUUUGUUUAUGCGGCAACCAGGUUUGCCGUGGAAGUUACCUAAACCUAACAGGGGAAGGGGCUUUCCAGAAGGUGCUGGAAGAGCACCAUGGGUUACUUGAUCGGCUGCAUUUGCUGCUUGAGGCUUGUGAACUGAAUUCCGUAUCCGAAGAAGAUUAUAUUGAUUUGGGCAGUGCCGGGCUGGGGAGUUGCUUGCUUGGUGGAUUGCCUGAUUGGUUGAUUGCCUAUUCAGCACGUUUGGUGAGGUUUAUAAAUUAUGAGAGGACAAAGCUCCCCAGUGAGAUUCUUAGGCAUAACAUAGAGGAGAAAAAGAGGUAUUUUGCUGAAAUACAACUGGACGUUGAAAAGAGUGAUGCCGAAAUUCAGGCUGAGGGUGUGUACAAUCAGAGGCUUCAGAAUUUGGCUCUUACUAUCGACAAGGUAAGGUAUGUUAUGAGAUGUGUUUUUGGUGAUCCAAAGAACGCCCCGCCUCCACUGGAAAGGCUGAGCCCUGAAUCAGCAGCUUCUCAUCUCUGGCAUGGAGAAGGCUCGUUUGUGGAGGAACUUAUCCAGUGUAUUGCACCUCAUACGGAUGAUUUGACUUUGAGGGAUUUCAAGGCUAAGAUUCAAGCCCAUGAUCCUUCUUGCUCUGAAGAUGCCGACAUGAAGCUUCGGAAAUCUUUGUUAUGGUUGAGGGAUGAGUUGCGGAACAUUCCUUGUACACAUAAAAGCCGGCAUGAUGCUGCUGCUGAUUUGAUACACAUAUAUGCUUACACCAAAUACUUUUUCAGAAUAAGGGAAUACAAGGCUGUGACUUCUCCACCUGUUUAUAUUACCCCGCUCGACAUCGGCCCUAAGUAUGCUGAUAAGUUGGGUUCUGGUGUUCAUGAAUAUUGCAAAACCUAUGGUGAGACGUAUUGUUUAGGUCAACUGAUGUUUUGGCAUAGUCAAAAUGCCGAACCGGAUGCCACGCUGGCCAAAGCAAGUAGGGGUUGUUUGUCCUUACCGGAAGUUGGAUCGUUUUACGCGAGAGCUCAGAAGCCAUCACGCCAACGUGUUUAUGGUCCAAGAACCGUCAAGUUUAUGCUCUCUAGGAUGGAAAAACAGCCCCAGAGAGCGUGGCCCAAGGAUCGAAUAUGGUUGUUCAAGAGCUCUCUGAAAAUUGUCGGGAGCCCAAUGUUGGACUCGGUUCUACACAAGGCGCCAAUCGACAAGGAGAUGGUUCAUUGGUUGAAACACAGGCAUCCCGUUUUUCAAGCCAUGUGGGAUAGGUGA